AUAUAUCCGGAUGAUCCGUAUAAUGAUCAAUCGCUUCACUGGAAAGGUCAUGUCAUGCAGAUCCCGAUCAAGGGAUCCUGAAGGCCAACCCGCUGCCGUCGAUUAUUCGAGCCGUGGUGCAGGAGUUCGAUACCAAAUCGUACUUCGACGGUGACUUUACGCUUCGUCAGAGCCAAAUGAGCACCCUGUACAACGUGUACGUUCUCGGAGACCAGGAGAUGGCAUUCGCCGUGCCCACUUCGCAGCGAGGGGGGUCAUCACCGCCAUGGCCGCUCUCGUCCUCGUCGUGCACUCCCACUCGAAACACACGAUCUGUACUUGAUGGGGUUGGUGCACCGGUCCGGCAAGUUCAAGUGGCCGCCGUCUCGACGGCACACCUGACGCUUCCGUUUCUCGGCCUUGGUUAUGUCACGUCGCACAAAGAAGAAGCACUGAGACGACACUUGUUCGUGCUCAUAUCGAUGCGAACCCUCGAGUUCCAGACUAGCUCCCGCGCUCGGUCGAGUGCAGCAAUGGAUGCGACGUAA